GUGUCGCCUCCUAGGAUUUGGAGGAGGACAGCUAGGUGGUUGAGGCUUUGUGCGUCCCAUGCAAGGAGGGGACACUAGCCAGCCACGCUGCAGCCCAAAGAAAAAUCGAAAUAAUAGCCCAGCAAGGUGCAUGCAGUGGUUUAGUAGCAUGGCCAGUUCGAGUAAAGCGACUUUAGUCUUGCUCAUCUACGGAAUCAUAAUGCACUACAGCGUCUACUGCACACCUAUCGGACUAAGUUACCCUAAGAUUAGACUUGAAAACGACGCCUUCGAUGAGGAUGGGAAUGCAUUAUCCGACAUGGGUUUUGAUAGCGAUCAAAUUGCUAUACGAAGCCCGCCAUCCUUAGACGACGACGUGUAUACUCUGUACUACCCGCCAGAGAAGAGACCAGAAAGGCAUGCAGAGGAAGAAUUAGAUAGAGCCUUGAGGGAGAUCCUGGGUCAGUUAACAGCGAGACAAUAUCUGCAUUCUCUGAUGACAAUACGUGUAGGUGAAGACAGCAGCAUGGAGGAAGAGUCAGAGCCCUUAUCCAAAAGACAUUCAGAUGGGAUCUUCACCGACAGCUACAGUCGCUAUAGAAAGCAGAUGGCCGUCAAGAAGUACCUGGCAGCGGUCCUGGGAAGAAGGUACAGACAGAGAGUUAGGAACAAAGGACGUCGACUUGCCUAUUUGUAGCGUUAUUAAAGCGCCCAAACUGCCCUCCUGUGUAUAUACAUCCAGUCGUUAAAAUCAAAGUCAUUCAGAUAUACCUGACCAAACAGUGGAUUGCGCCUGUGUUCCUUAAACAUGUAUUUAUGUAUGAAGUAAAGCCAUUAAAAUGA